GGUUGAAAAUGUCAUUGAAAAUUAUUGAAAAGUGAGAAAGGUCGUAUUGUUAUUUCACCGGUCGUCAUAAGAAAUUUUUAAAAGACGUUUAAACUAUGCCUGCAAAAUAUAAAAUUGUGAUGAUUCGCCAUGGCGAAAGUGAAUGGAAUCAGAAAAAUUUAUUUUGUGGGUGGUACGAUGCAGAUUUAAGUGAUAAAGGUCGCGAGGAAGCAGUGUCUGCGGGAAAGGCUUUGAAAGCCGAAGGAUAUCAAUUUGAUGUCGCUCACACAUCGGUUCUAAAGAGGGCUCAAAUCACGUUGAACUCGGUCUUAAAGGAGAUCGGACAACCAGAUAUACCUGUAAAUAAGACCUGGCGUCUAAACGAAAGACAUUACGGUGGACUUACUGGUCUAAAUAAGGCUGAAACUGCUGCCAAAUAUGGGGAGGCCCAGGUACAAAUUUGGCGUCGUAGCUUUGACAUUCCACCACCAGCUAUGGAGAAAGACCAUCCAUACUAUGAAACCAUAGUUAAGGACCCCCGUUACGCUGGAGACCCCAAACCUGAGGAGUUCCCAAUGUUUGAGAGUUUAAAACUCACAAUUGAAAGAACUUUGCCAUAUUGGAAUGAAGUUAUUGUGCCUCAGAUUAAAGAGGGUAAAAGAAUAAUAAUUGCUGCUCAUGGAAACAGUCUAAGAGGCAUUGUGAAGCAUUUAGAUGAACUCAGUGACGCCGCCAUAAUGGAAUUAAAUCUUCCCACUGGCAUACCAUUUGUCUAUGAAUUGGAUGAAAACUUGAAACCAGUGGACUCUAUGGUCUUCCUUGGCGAUGAGGAGACUGUCAAGAAGGCAAUGGCCGCUGUUGCUGCACAGGGCAAAGCCAAGUAGAUUUAUUUAUUGAGUGUAAGGCCUUGUUCAUAUUACUAAAAUACUUGCUUCAAUAUGCUUCUGUAGUAUUGGAAUAUUUUAUGAGUGGAAUCUUACUAAUGUACUAAUUUUGUACUUGGAAACUACUAUUCAUAUGCUUCUACUAAAGUGUCAUUAUCACUUGGUAUGUAAGUGUUUUAGUAGUGUAAACGAGGCAUAAGUAGAUGUGUUUAUUGAAUGAAAAUAUUUUAUAGUAAUAUAUUAAGAUUAUAUUAAUAUGAAAACAAGUGUUGCACCCUGGAAAAAAUAUGCCAUUUAUUAGAUUUUUUUUUUAUAACAAUGGAUUUUGGAAUGAUCUUAAUAUGUAUAAUUUGCUAUUUUCUUUGACUAGUACUUUGAGGGUGAGCAUUGUGAUUAUACAUAAUCUUUCAAAAUAAAAUCACUCUUAUAACGUAAUAGUGUAAAUUAUAACAGAAUAAUAAAAAUGAGCUGGAUAUCUGUAAAUAGUGUAGGUAAUAUAUUUAUCACCAGGUCACUGCCAAGACAUGGCGGCAUUUGUUAUCUAUUAUUCAUUAAUAAUAUAAUAUGAUCUUGGUGGAAUAAUAAUAAUUACUAUAGAUACUAGCAUAGUAUUAUAUUAUCUGUGCUAUAGAUAAAGAAUAUUUUUUUUUAAUCUGGCAA